GUUUGAUGACGCAGGUGUGACGCGCCGGAAGUGGAAGUAAACAUGGCUGAAGGUGGCGGUGGGAAGGCGGUGAAUGAAAACGUGCCGGUUUAUGAACAUGUCGAAGUGAAUUCCAAACCUUUCCACCUCGGCACCUUCAGGGAUUUAUGGCUCAGUGUGCUAAAACCCGAAUAUUACUCCUUUAAUCAGACCUCCAGAGAUGUAGAAAAUGCGCUGUUUAUAGAGGAGAUGGGGAUCAGUCCAGAAACCCUGGAGGAGAUUAAAACCAUCUGCAGCCCUGAUUCUCUUCGCUGUCAUGCUGAAGAUGAAGCUCCUGACCCUGAUGUGGUUCCUGAAGACCCUCAGCUCGCCACCUUGAAACUGAGGAAGAGGAGACUGGACUAUAAGAAAACUCUCGUACGGGACAAUGUGGGACGACAUGAGACGUAUGCUAACGAAUUGGAGACGCUGUCUUUGGGCAGGAGAUCUGUAGAAGCCUCAGACAUGAUUCCUGAAGGGGAAAUCGUUCUCACCUUCAACAUCAUCUAUCCUGUGCUGUUUGAGCGAUUUAAACACGUGAGAGCGUAUCAGACGCUGCAUGUCCUGGGAUCGCAGAAGCUGACCGAGCUCAGAGACGCCAUCUGCUGUGUGAGCGACCUGCAAGUGUUCGGGGAGUUCAGUAACACACCGGAUAUGGUGCCUCAGUUCAUCAGCAAGGAUCAUUAUAAAUCUGCCUUCUUUUUCUUUGAGGGAAUUUUCUACAACGACAUGCGAUUCCCAGAGUGUCGCGACACCAGCAGGGUGACACGUGAGUGGACCAAAUCCCGAGAUUUCCCCGAGUUUAAAACAGCGUUGAUGGAGGAGGUAACGUUCAGUGAUCUUAAGGUGAAGGUGGGAUUUCCGUACCUGUACUGCCAUCAGGGAGACUGUGAACACGUCAUCAUCCUCACAGACGUCAGGCUGGUCCAUAGGGACGACUGUUUAGAUAAGAAGUUGUAUCCUCUGCUGUCGCACAAGCACAGGGUCGUGACCCGGAAGUGCUGCGUGUGUCACCUGUACAUCAGCAGAUGGAUAACGACGAACGACGCCGUGGCCCCGAUGGAUCCGUGUCUGUACUGUGAUCAGUGUUUCCGUCUGCUGCACUACGACCGAGACGGGAACAAACUGGGCGAUUUCCAGGCGUACGCUUACGUCGACCCCGGAGCGUUCAACUGAGCACGCUCCUCGUCUUCCCCACCAUCUUCCUCGUCUUCCUCACCUCACUCACCGUCUUCGCCACCGCACUCCCCGUCUUCCUCACCGCACUCCCCGUCUUCCUCACCGCACUCCCCGUCUUCCACACCAUCCUCCCCGUCUUCCCCACCUCACUCACCGUCUUCGCCACUGCACUCCCCGUCUUCCUCACCAUCCUCCCCGUCUUCCUCACCGCACUCCCGUCUUCCUCACCAUCCUCCCGUCUUCCCACCUCACUCACCGUCUUCGCCACUGCACUCCCGUCU